AUGGCGAAGUUCUUGGCCGCCCUGAUUUGGCUACAGACAUGGGGCGGGACUCAACCGCGAGAAGCGGCGGCCACGGCGCAGGGAAGAGUUGGCGACAAAUGUUCUUUUAGCAAAUGCCCUGAAGCUCUGACACGGCUGCCCAACAGCUGGAGCGACCUUGCCGUUGCCCGGCGCUGCGGCGCGGGAGGCAACGGCCACGGCAGCAUGUUGCCGAUGCCGAUGCCUCAGUCGACCACAGAUCCUUCGAAGUAUACGAAGGCAGAGGACGCAGCGAACCCAGCUCGGCAGACCUGGGGCGCUGCCACAUCAGACGCCUUAUCCAAGCGCUACACCGCCGUGGCGAAUGAUGAGAACCAAUCCGGCGAGAAGAGAGAGGCGUCGCUGAUCUUUGCAUUGGCGGAAAACUACAUCAAUGACCACGAGGACUUCGACAAAGCCUUCGAUGCUGCCACUCAGGCACUUGAAAAGUUCAAAGACAUGGGGGACAUCGAGGGCGUGGCCGACUCCUUGCGGGUAGUAGUGGACGCCAUGCGAUUGCAAAGUGGCAAAAAGGAUGAGAAACCGGAAAAGGCCUUGUGUUUGGCCACAGAGGAGUUGGUUUGGUUUCGGGAGCAGGGCCAUAAACGUGGCCAGGCCUCCAUGCUUUUGGCCCUGGCACGUGUGAAUAGCAGCGGUCGAAGAGGUACCAAAGACCGGGAACAGGGCAUCAGACAAGCGAAGGAGGCGCUGAAAAUUUACCGCGAACUUGGCGACAAAGCCAUGGAAGGUGCUGUUCUCCUAGCGCUGGUGGACCUUCACUGCUACGUCAAGUCCUUUCAGGAGGCCAUUGGAGCAGCCAAUAAGGCCCUGGGAAUCUUCGAGGAUUUGGGCGAUUCGCGGAGCGAGGCGCGUGCCACGCACCUCUUGGCCGAGGCACGUUUUGGCAAUCGACAGAUGGAGGGCGGCGCUCAGGCUGCAGAAGAGGCCAUUGCCCUGUGGCAGGAGCUGGGAAUGAAGCGACAAGAGGCCAUCGAGCAUUUGACGGUGGCCCAGUGGCAUGUUGAAGAGGACGAAGCUGAGUCCAAGCACAAGAUUUCCAAAUGGGGCACCUGGGGAUGCGAGGUCUCCAAAUUUGAUUGGGAAUACUCCGGCACUGAGACCGCUUACGUCCUGGAAGGUGAAGUGUUGGUAACACCAACGGGAGCCUGGGCCAGUUGCAAGCCCACCAAGGUAGAAGCGGGCGAUUUGGUGGUCUUCCCCGAUGGCAUGACCUGUGUGUGGGAUGUGACCAAGCCCAUCAAGAAACAUUUCAACUUCUCAUGA